GAAGCGUUGAUGGAGGAGUAUGCCAUAGCAGCACAGCUGUGGAAGCUGAGCACGUGCGAUCUGUGUGAGAUAGCCAGGAACAGCGUUCUGCAGAGUGGACUCUCGCAUCAGGAGAAGAAACACUUCAUUGGUUCCAGCUACCUACAGGAUGGACCGGAGGGGAAUGACAUCCGGAGGACAAAUGUGGCUCAGAUCCGUAUGGCGUACCGCCAUGAGACUCUGUGCAAUGAGCUGAGUUUCCUGGUGAACGUGGUGAAGACGGAGCUUGGUCUGAAUCCAGCUGUGUGAUAAACAUCACGGAUGCCUACAGAGAUGAUUUUUAGGUUUUAAACAGUUCUUUGAAUGACUUACCAAAAAAAGAAACAAGAGGGAAAACGGGUUACUUUUAGAAAAUGUUGGAUUCUUUUAGAUUUGGAAUAUGCUUUCUUAUAAAGAUCAAGUUUAUUUUCUCCUAAUUGCACAAAACAGGACCUGCCUGUGUCCGAGAGGGUUUCUUCACAGGAUGUUGAAAGAGACACUCAGAUUCUGUUGGGAUGAAUUUGUCCUUCAUACACAAUCUGAUGAGAGGCCAGUUAAACCCUCACAGACAAGCAGGUGUGAUUAGAGAAUGGUAGACUUGUUUCACGGAUCAGCAGGGUUCCUUGUAUUUUUCUUUAAAUAAUUCAGUCACAUUUCAUUGUUUUUCACACUAAAAAUAAAGGUUGUAAAAUGAA